AUGGAAGUUUAUCAGUGUAAAGACUGUGAUUUUAAGACGGUAGUGACACUUGUGUUUGAACAACACAUUAAUGAACAUCACGGCCCUAUAAGAGAAUCUAGAGAGGAAACAUCUAGUGAUGAAAUAUCUUGUGAGGAAACAUCUAGUGACGAAACAUGUAGUGACGAAACAUGUAGUGACGAAACAUCUAGUGAGGAUUCCAGCCUAGAAAACUGCGUUGGCGCAAGAUAUUACUUUGAGCCAAAUCUGUCGUUAAGGUCGGUUCAGCAUACUUCAGCAUCCACGGGAACGGAAGAAACUCUUCAAAGUGUGAGUUCUUUGAAAGAGAGUGCCACAUACAAUUCCGACUUCAAGCAAACCCACGAAACACCUUGGUAUUACUGCGCUGAAUGUUCCUUCAAAACUAAACUCAGCGAAUAUUUAAAACUUCACACUGAAAAUUGCCAUGGGAACAAACGGUAUGCAUGCGAUAAGUGUCCGUUUAAAAGUAGUCGUAAAUACGAUUUAAAACUCCACAUAAAUAGACUCCAUUUAGAUGAACAAGAAGUUGAAUGGUUUCACUGCCCAAAAUGUUCAUUCAAGACCAAAGCAAAAUAUAAUUUAAGAAAACACAUAAAUAACAUACACUUGAACUACGAAGACGUUAAAUGGUACAAAUGCAAACAGUGUGCUUUCCAAACUAAGCAUGGAUCAUGGAGUUUAAAACAACACGAAAUUGCCAGGCAUCUAGACGACUCAGAAAUUAAGUGGUACGAAUGUGGAAGCUGUUCAUUCAAAUCUAAAACAAGAGAUAGUUUAACAAAGCAUAAAAAGAUCCAUUCGAAGAUCACAUAG